AUGCCAACCACGAAAACGAUGCUCGGCGUCGGUGCGUGCGCCAUCGCGGUCGUCGCGCUCUGCCGCCGCGCCUUACGCACGCCGACGCCGCGCGACGGCCGCCCGCAGCUCACGCGCCAGAACGCGUAUCGCACCCUUCCGGGCCUCCGAGACGACCCGCCGCCGUCGUACUCACCGAAGGACCUCGUCGGCGGCGCGCCGCCGCGGGCUGAGGGCGACGGCGCGACGCCGGCGUUCGCGCUCGAGCUCCUCAAAGCCCUGUCCUCUGAUCGCGAGAAUGUCUUUGUGAGCCCCCUGUCCAUCGCGACGGCCCUGAAGAUGGCGCUCGCCGGCGCGACGCCCGGGAGCCGCCACGAGGCGGCUCUCCGGAAGGCGGUCGGGGGCAUCGACGUCCAGGUGGCCGGCGUCGACGCGGCGAACGCGUUGUACGCGCGUGCCGAUGUGAAGGCGUCGUUCGCCGACAAACUGAAGCGGCUCUUCAACGCCGCCGCGGCGCCGAUGCCGGCGUCGGCGGCGCCCAUCAACGAGUUUGUGGCCAAGGCUACGAAGGGACUGAUCACCAACCUUAUUGACGACGGCACGGUCCGGGACCCGAUGACGACGGCUAUUCUCCUAAACGCCGUGUACUUCAAGGGUACGUGGCUCAAGAAGUUCGAGAAGGGUAACUCCCGGCCGGGCGCCUUCCAGGCACCAAGUGGCGAGAAGCAGGUCGACUUCAUGCGGCAGGAGCAGCGCUAUGCUGUUCAUAACGCCGCUGGCGUCGGUCAGGCCGUGGCUCUUCCGUAUGCAAAAGACGACCUCCGCAUGGUGCUGAUUCUGCCCGAGUCGGACGGACUCGCGGGCGCGCGUGCGACGGCGGCGGCGCUGCCGGCGCGCUGGGCGGAGCUCCGGCCCCUCGCCGAGGACAAGGUUGUGGUGGUGCUGCCUCGCUUUAAGAUCGACUCGGGCGUUGUUGAAUUGAUGGACGUGCUGGACGCCUCGUUUGGCCUGGGCCUCAUCAAGCGCGAGGGCGGGGGCUUCCUAGGCAUCGCGGACCGGCCGGACCUCCACGUCGACUCCGUGCUGCACCGCGCGGUCAUCUCCGUCGACGAGGAGGGUACGGAAGCGGCCGCGGCGACGGCCGUCAUAGUGGCGCAACGGGCCAUGCCCCGGCCGCCGCGCGUGCUCAAGUUUGAUCGCCCCUUCGUGUUCGCGAUCGAGCACGCGGCGACGGGGCGCGUCGUGUUUGCGGGGGUUGUGGCGGAACCGAGCAGCGCUUGA